CAGAACAAGGUUAGUGACUGAUAGAGAUCAUCAAAUAGUAAUUAAAAAUAUAUUUGAACCAGUAUAUAAGAAUCAAGGAUCCCUGAGGGAAUGGAUAAAAAGGUUGGGUUUCUUGUGAGUUGUGACCGGUGUGGGACUUGGAGUUGUUGAGAUGAAAAGGUGUUGGUUGGUUGGGGUCUUGAUUGUGGUGGGGUGUGCCUGCAUGAUGGGCACAGUUGGAGUAGAAGGGUACCCUGAUGAGGAUCUCAUAGUAAGUUUACCUGGCCAACCCAAAGUUGGGUUCAAGCAAUAUGCAGGGUAUGUUGAUAUUGAUGUCAAGCAUGGGAGAAGCCUUUUCUACUAUUUUGUGGAGGCUGAGAAUGGCCCUGAUAAGAAGCCCCUCACUCUUUGGCUCAAUGGAGGCCCGGGAUGUUCCUCCAUUGGAGGAGGUGCUUUCACUGAGUUGGGUCCCUUUUAUCCCAAAGGUGAUGGACGUGGUCUCCGAAGAAAUUCAAUGUCUUGGAAUAGAGCAUCCAACCUUCUCUUUGUGGAGUCCCCAGCUGGAGUUGGGUGGUCAUAUUCAAACAAAACUUCAGAUUACAACUCUGGAGACUCCUCCACCGCCACUGAUAUGCUUCUGUUCUUGCGGAAAUGGUACGAGAAGUUUCCUUCCUACAGAUCAAGGGAGUUGUUCCUUACUGGAGAAAGCUAUGCAGGACAUUAUAUACCACAGUUAGCUAAUGUUCUUUUGGACUACAAUGCUCAUUCAACUGGUUUCAAAUUCAAUAUUAAAGGAGUUGCUAUUGGAAACCCACUUCUGAAACUUGAUCGUGAUGCACAAGCAACAUAUGAAUACUUCUGGUCACAUGGAAUGAUUUCAGAUGAAAUUGGCCUAGCCAUUACGAAUGAUUGCGAUUUUGAUGAUUAUGUCUUUGCAAGUACACAUAAUGUAUCUAAAUCAUGCAAUGAAGCAAUAAAUGAAGCAAAUGAAAUUGUUGGCGAUUACAUAAACAACUAUGAUGUGAUUCUGGAUGUGUGUUAUCCAUCCAUAGUUGAACAAGAGCUGAGAUUGAAAAAAAUGGCUACUAAAAUAAGCAUAGGUGUAGAUGUUUGUAUGACUUAUGAAAGAAGUUUUUAUUUCAACCUCCCUGAGGUUCAGAAGGCUCUCCAUGCAAACCGUACCAAUCUUCCGUAUCAAUGGUCCAUGUGCAGUGGGGUCUUAAAUUAUAGCGACACUGAUCCUAACAUAGAUAUCCUUCCAGUUAUUAAAAAGAUUGUUCAAAACCAUAUUCCAGUAUGGGUUUUCAGUGGAGACCAAGAUUCUGUUGUGCCAUUACUAGGUUCUCGAACACUAAUUCGUGAACUAGCUCAUGAUCUAAAGUUCAAGAUAACAGUCCCAUAUGGAGCUUGGUUCCACAAAGGCCAGGUUGGAGGUUGGGUAACCGAGUAUGGAAAUUUGUUGACUUUUGCCACUGUAAGAGGAGCUGCUCACAUGGUACCCUAUGCACAACCUUCAAGAGCACUCCAUCUCUUUAGUUCAUUUGUGCUUAGAGAAAGAUUGCCAAACACAACACACCCUUCAAUUGAUGAUUAAUAGUAUAACUAAGAAGAAGAUGGAUCUGCCAGCCAUAUAUAUAACAAGUGGAAAUAGCAGCUUCUACACUCUAGCUAGUUGAUUCUUAGAUCUCAAGACUUUAGAGGAAGCAGUGAAAGAGAAGGGAGUCUCUAAUUAUAGGCUAUUAUUUAUCAAUUAAUGUAUGGAAAAGAGAGGGAAGUAAGUAAAAGGAAUAAAAAAAAAAGAGGAGAUAUUCCAUUCUUGGAGCCUAUUGAUUCCCAAGUUGCAUUGCAUGUUCUACAUUCUUUAUUUUGGAAGCACAGGCUCGUGCUUUAUUCCUGAUUGUACCGGAAAAAAUAUACAACGUAAUUUUGAGUGAA